AUGGCUCCGCUUGCCGCGCACGUGAUCCCGGGGCUCUUAGCGAAUCUCCAGAAGAAGUCGCAACGCCUACAGACGUUUGGCUUUGAUCCUUACUUCUCGGCCUACAUUGCUGUGACCAUGCACAUGAACCAUCAGCUCAAGGCGAACCUAGCAGCAACCUGGUCUUCCCAUUGGGACCAUGUCAUGGUACCCUUCCUCGAAGGUGCCCUACACCGCAACCUUGCAAGUUCGGACACAACCCCAGCAUCCUUGGAAGACGCUCGAGCGCACCUGCACAAACAGUUUGGUUUUCACUUGGGCGUCGCCGCCCUGGCCCGAAUGUUGGACGCUUCGACGAGCAUUUUUACUGGACUCGAGACAAGUUGCGUCGCUUGA